CAUCUCUACUUAAGGUCCCUAACAGGAACUUACCAGUUACCAAUAUUCUGAGGAUAGAAAAGAAUAUUUUUCAGAAACCUUUAAGAUUGUAGAUUUACAAUAGAUACCAAGAUGUACAAAAGUAUUAUAUAUAAUGAAGCCGAUUUCACUUCUGAGAUUUCCCUUUAACCACAGUUUUAUAGACUUAUGAAGGGUAAAUGUCUGUUCCGAUGACAACCUUGAAUUAUAAACUAUAUAUAUUAUGAAAUCAUAUAUAUAGCGAGACCGGAAUCAUGGACGAUUAUAAAUCCGAAGAUUCAUCUGAUAUUUAUAGCCAGUUUGCAUUAAAAUUUCCUCAGUCAGCAGCGGAGUAUAUUAUUAAAAAGUUGAAAGAACUCAAUAAAGAUAACGAGAAUGAUUUAUUUGACUUAAUGGUGGAUGCUGGUUGCGGAAGAGGCGAAUUUUCAAAACCGUUUUUAAGGUACUUUCGUUCUCUGGUCGGUUACGAUAACAGUGAAUUUCAAAUAUACAAAGCGAAAAAAUGUGGGGAGAUGGAGAUACGAAAAUGACUUUUCAUGUUGCUGAUGAAUACAAUAUUCCAACUCCAGAUAAAUCUGUUGAUCUAGUCAUCUGUCACGAUGUCGUUCAUUAUAUGAAUUUUGAAAUAUUCAUGAAAGAAUGCAAAAGAGUUUUAAAAAGUAGUGGGCUUAUUGCGCUAUCCGGAGCAGAUAAUACCCAACUUUGGGCCAAAAAGGCAGAAGAUUGUGACAUUUCCUUCGUAUCUGCAAUGAACGUAUUAGAAAAAUAUUAUCUGUCGCCAACUAGGCAAUAUCAAAUUGACAUCGACCAUCCAGCUUCCCAAUGGGCACUGAGAUACAGUGACCUAUACGAAUCAGUUGUGGGAUUCAAUAAGCGCCGUGGUGAAGACAUUGAUACGGAACUUGCUGUCACUCUGGAGGAUAGGAAAAAUAUUAUGUUUCGAAUUCCUCUAAAUCGGAGAUAUUCAAGAUAUGCACCGUGUGACAAAUCUAUUAUUAAGUUGAGCGUAUAGUUGAAAUUAGUGAAAAAAUAAGUCCCAUGUUAAUGUAAGGUCUGUACACUUCUUUUCAUUGAAUCCUUCGGGUUACAAGC